AUGCAUCACCGGUUCUCGCCAUUCGCCGUAGGAAUCGCCAUUGCACCGCCGUCAGACCACCACCGCUGCACCUCCGUACGCCGCCUCCAACACUCCGAUUACUGCUCCAAUCAACGCCACCCUCCGCCCUCUACCUCCGGUCAGGCAAUCGUCAAAAACAAAAAUUCCAGCUGCAAUCCAAAUCACCGCCGAGCACAUCCAGCCUCGAGCAUUUGGAGGCCGAAAUUCGGCCGCCCAGGAAGAAACUCACCGACGCCGAUGAGAUCGGAUAAUUCCGGCAAGCACAACAAUUUACCGGCCAACUUCGAUGAAUACAAAAUCAAACAUAAAAUUGAUGAACACAAAAAUCUAAAGUAA